CUUUGACCGUGCAGGCUGCUCUCCACUGAGGCGAGGCGACUCUGAAACACGCACAAGCACUCCAAGAUGACUCACAUGAAGGACAGACUCCUCCUGAAACCUCAGCUCAGUGACUUUGGUGCACUGGUCUUGUAUCAAGCUUGUAUCUUCCUUCUGCUAACACACUCCAGUGGAGGUCAGUCUCAGGUGAUUGGCACGUCUCAGGCAAUGGUGGCAAUGGUUGGUGCCGACACCAUUCUGCCAUGUCACCUGGAAACUGCCGUGGAUGCUACCGACCUGACUGUGGAGUGGGCGAGACCUGACCUGGAACCAAGAUUUGUCCAUUUGAGGCGAGACAGUAAGGAGCUGGUGCAGGAGGGGCAUCAACUGUUCACGGGGAGGACAUCACUGUCCACCAACAAACUGAAGUGUGGAGACGUUUCACUGACACUGUCCAAUGUAAGACUUUCUGAUGCCGGGACAUACAGAUGCCUCGUUCCCGAUUCUGGCACAGAAUCUGUGGUCGUGCUCACUGUUGGCUCUGUCUCCUCACCUGGUGUAGAGAUUUCCAAAGUCAGCAACGGAGUGUUGUUGGUGUGUAAGUCUGCAGGCUGGUAUCCAGAGCCUGAGGUGUUGUGGCUGGACGUUGAGGGAAACCUUGUCUCUGCUGGACCUCCAGAGACAGUCAGAGGUCCUGAUGACCUCUAUACUGUCAGCAGCAGAGUGACUGUGGAGAAGAGACACGGCAACAGCUUCACCUGUAGAGUCCAGCAGAGGAACAUCAACCACACCACAGAGACAACUGUUCAUCUUCCAGUUUCUCUCUUCAUGUUCGAGCCCAGCACUGCUGCUCGUAUCAUCAUCUGCUUGGUUGUGUCCAUCGUGCCUGUUGUUGCAGUCGUCAUUGUUGUGAUGAAAUGGGGACGAAACAAAAAAGAAACCACAGACCACAACACAGAAUAUCUGAUGGUGGGAGAAGGAGACAGAGAGACGCCCAUGACAGGAAGGGAGACUAUCAUAUAUCUGGACAACACAAAGGCAAAACUUGAUGAGGAGUUACAGAAGACUGAGGAAGAACUGAAACAUGUAAAACAGAUGGUUGAAAAACUGACGAAGCAGAAGACUGAUCUGAAGAACCAGACACAAGGACUCAACUCACUGCUGCAGGAGGACAAGGCACAGAUGGUGGAGUGUGAGAAGAAACUGAGGGAGAAAACCAAAGUUGACAAAGAAGUAAAAAUGCAGAAGCGUUUAAAGACACAAAAGGCUGUGGAGUGGAGAAAGAGAGAACAUGAUGAACUGUCACUGAACACACAGAAACUACUGGAGACAACAGAGCAGAUGAUUAUUGAAAUGUCAGAGAGGAAGGGAAAACUAGAGCGAGAUAAAGAGCAAAUAAUGAAACACCUGGAGGUGACAGAGAGAAGGAGAGAAGAGGUUCAGAAGAAACUUCAGUCAGAGGGAGAAGAGGAAAUGAUAGAUACAGCACCCAGUGAUCCAUCAUGAUUGGUUCACUUUACUUCCUGUUAACACACUUUGUUGUAGAGAACCUGAGGCGUCUUUUCAGGUCCUUCACCAUCACCUGAAGCGUCUACCUGCUUAUUACAAACACCUCCAGCUACAGUCUGAACACAUGUUCCAGGUCAGGUGACUGAACAAACAGUAACAGACCACGUCAUGUUGCCUGUUUUUGAUUACACUGUGCUUUGAUAUUAUCUUUGUGUAAUUGUUGUAAAUUCAGACGAGCUCUUUUCUUCAUUAACACUUUGUACAAUAUGUGUGAUUAUGACCCAGAAUGAUUUGUGCUGCGUCAAAGUUCUUAUAACCCAUCUGUUCUUUUAUAAAGGGUUAAAGUCAAUAUAAUUAAAAGACAUUUUAAACUGAAUCUUACCCAGAUUUGAUCUUCUGUCCCAGUUUACUGUGCUGUUGUGUUUCCUUCAGAUAAGAUGAUGAGAUCAGCUCAAAGAUGAAACUAGAAAACUGCUGAUCUUCAUCAGUCCAUGUGCUGAAAGUCCUCCCAACAUGUCCCAAUAAUCUGUAAACAAGACUUUCUGGCAGUCGCUGAUGUUUAACUUUUGACCAAUGCAGAUAUUUUUGUAUGUUUUUUUAAUCAUUAUUUCCUUUUUUAAAGAUGUUUGUAAAGAAUAUGAAUAAUAAACCUUUAUCAUAAUUA